AUGAUGGCACACGCAGAAGCAGCCCCUCUCUGUCCUGAUAGCUUGGUGUUUUCAUCGUAUGACUGUUUCUUGCAAAGAAGUUUUAAGUUUUCAUCUCGUUAAACAGUGUCUAAACACAAGUACAAUCGCCAGGUUUUGUUAGACAUUUGCAGAUGUGUGCUGGACAACCCUUCGUCCAACACACUUGUGUAGACUCUGAGCGAAUUUGAACGACACUGCCAGCCUGCAGCUGCGCUGGACUUGACCGCUGCCCCCCUACCAGAGAGGAGAAGCCGGAAGGGGUGUGAGAGGAAGCAGAAGAGAGGCAAGAAUGGAGGUAUCAGUGCUAGGAUGCUGAUUUCCCAACCAGAGGAAACACAACAGACACAAGGACAUUGAGGAGUACACAGACAGUGUCACUUCCAUCAUCAAGACUUGCAUGGUUGAUGUAACCCACACAUGGGCCAUCAUAACCAGAAGCCUCGGCCGCCAGAAGAGGUCUGCAGGCUGUUGAGGGCAGACUGAGAGCCAACCUGUCCCAGUAUAUCCAGAAAGCUAAACAGGACUUUACAAAGAGGAUAACUGGACACUUUGAAGUCAGAAGAGACACAUGGAGCCUGUGGUGGGGCAUACAGACCAUCACAGACUAGAAACCCUCCCCAUAGGUCUGCAACAGCAACAUCCCUCUGCUGAACAACCUCAACACCUUCUUUGCUUCUUUGAAGCACAGAACAGCAUGUGUCCACUGAUGACUCCACUCCCACCCCAUAACCAGGCUCUGUCUGUCUGCAGCCAAUGUGAAGAGGACACUCUUCACCAUCAACACCCCCAAGGCUGCAGGUCCAGACAACAUUCCUGGACUUAUGCUGAAGGACUGUGCAGAGGAUCUCAAAGACGUCACAGACAUCAUUAAUACUUCCCUGAGCCAGGCUGUUGCUCCAGCAUGCUCCAAAUAUACCAUCAUCAUCCCUGAUGGUAAUCCACUCCAACCUCCUUCAAUGGCUACCGCCACUGGACCCAUUCCAGUUUGCAUACAGAGCCAACCAGUUGACUGAGUAUGCAAUCUGUGGUGCCCUCCACCCUGCUCUUACCAACCUGGACACUAAGGACUCAUAUGUACAAAUGCUGUUCAUAGAUUUCAGUUCAGCAUUCAAAACUAUCAUCCCACAUCAGCUCAUCAUCAAAUUGAACCAGCUAACUCAACAUCUCACUGUGCAACUGGUUACUGGACUUCUUCAGUGAGAAGCUACAAGCAGUACAGGUGUUAUCGACAAUAACACCUCAAGCACUAUCACUCUGAGCACAGGAGCUCUGCAGGAAUGUGUGUUCUGUCCCCCGCUGACCCAUGACUGCAUACCAACAUUAAGCACCAACCACAUAGUGAAGUUUGUGGAUGAUACAACUGUGGUGUUUCUCCUCUCCAACAACAGCAAUACAAACUACAGGAAGGAGGUCAGCCAUCUGCCCAUGUGGUGCAGUAAUAACAAUCUCCUAAACGUGGACAGGUUGUUCUGGACUUCAGAAGAGGCCUUACCCAACACCCCAGACUGACAAUCAAUGGUGCUGCUGUGGAGAGGGCAUUCAGCACCAAAUUCCUAGAGGUGCACAUCAUUGAGGACCUAUCCUGGAUAGCCAACUGCACAUCACUGGCGAAGAAAGCCCAGCCCAGCAACACCUCUGCUUUCUCCACAGACUGGAGAGUGAAAGCCAAUCCAGAUGCACUCUUGGCAGCAGUUACAGCUUCUGGUCUUUUGAGUCUGAUGCUACAAGCUCGGAACACCUAUUCUGGCUAGGUUCUCCCACUCUUCUUUGCAGAACCUCUCAAGCUCCAUCAAGUUAGAUGGGGAGCAUUGGUGCACACAGCCAUUUUUCAGAUCUCUCCAGGAAUAUUCAAUUUCAAGUCUGGGCUCCAUUUGUCACUUUCUUCUGCUGAAUGGGAAGGGUUUUUCUUUUUAGAAAGAUCCACAUCUGAACCCCUCGGUUGCUUCUUACGGUUCUCUGCCGCGUUGCUUCUAGCAUCGGUUUCCUCCCCUCUCCCUUCUAGUUGUCAGGAGAAACCAAGUUGAACACAUCAUUAACUGUCGCCAGCAUGGGAAUGUCGCCAAAGACACCAAAUACAAAAAGAACAAAUACUAAAAAAUACUGUGAGGUGUUAGAGGAGCUGAACAACCUAAUAAGCAAUGUAUCAUCUGUUCUUGUGGUGGCUUGGGUGAAAUGUUUAUUUAUCAUAGACUGUACAUACUAUGGACAACUUGGUUCUGCCCACUGCCAGUAUGCGGAUUUAAAGCCAAAAAGCUCUCUGUAAUUCUGCAUUUUUUUCUCCACUUCCUGAAACCAACAUUGAGCAGUAUGGUUGUAUGCACUCCACAACUUGCGCAGUAGCGUUGUACACAUUCGGCGGGAGAGUCGCCGAGAGUCACUGUGAUGACACUCAACUCAAACAGUGUAUCCCCCGGGUGAGCUAUGCAAUCAUUGUACGCCCAUAGGCUGUAUCAGGUGUCAAUCACAGAAAACAUGAACCCCCUAAUUACUUUUAAAAAUGGAGCUGUACAGAAAAAAGAGGACUUGAGCACAAACCAGUCUUACAAUAACUACAUGUCAACAUUGCAAGCAGAGGGGAGAAAAAUUUGUAUUCUGUGUAAAAAAAAAUUUAAUGUUUGUCCACAGACCCAUAAGCUUUGCUGGCGGAGGCGGGAUUUAUGGCCUAUACUGUAGCCCAUCACCAGGGUGUGCUGUUCUUGGACUGGCUUCACCCAGCGAGGCGGCAGACGCUGUCUAUUCUAUAUACAGUCUAUGAUACAGACACAUAGAGGUUAUACACUAUAGCUUUAGGUUAUGAAAAAAAAAAUCCAAGCAUAAUUUUUGUGCAAAGUUUCAUCUCAAAGCCCAAAACAAUGAUUCUUUCUCGGUUAUUUUUUUGGUUUAUAAAUAGUCACUAAAAAGAAUACUAAGGAAGGAAAGCCAAGCUCACAUUUGGAUCACAAAUACAUAAAUAGACCUAUUUUGAAUAUUUUAAUGCCCCUUUGUUUGUUUUUUCAGCUUAACUUGAGAUAUUUUUGACUGCAUAUAUAUAUAUUCUUCUGCUAACCAGCAGCAAAAUCCCUGACUUUCACGCAGGUGAAUCAUUAUACAAUGUUAAAGAAAGCAGCUGCUGUGUAUCAGACUCAGGCAGAGGCAGAGAGAUGGAGGGACAUUAAAGCAUUAACAUCCACCUCUCUGCAGAUUAACCCUUUCAGUGACACAGACUCUCUGUUUGUUUGUUUAUUCCACUCCUCGACUCAGCUGCUCGCUCCUUUAUUCAGCCUACUUCCGAAAACGCACGAGCUUACGUCCCAGUAACGUGCUCGUAUGUUGGCACUGCGCCGCCGCCUCGCGCCGCUCCGCUCCUCUUCCUCUCGCAGCCACACCCUCCCAUCGCUGUAAAGCGUGCAGCUGUGCUGGACUGACGGUGCGUGCGUCUCCCUGUCGGGCACCCGCAGCAUCAGCCACACAAAAGGGUCGGAGCCGCUGGAGCUGAGCGUGAAGGAGCAAGGUGGAGACAUUUUUCUGCUUUUCUGUCUCUUCGAUUGUUUGUCUUUCUGCUGAUCUGUGUCCAUUUUCACCACGCUGAUGACCUUGUCUCUGAUUCCCACCUCUCAUUCCUCAUUGACCCGCUCACAUCCAUCCUCGUGUGUAUGUGUGUGUGUUGAAGUGUGUGUAUGUCUACGGGCUAGGACUUGCAAUUUCAUCCGACUUGAAAUGCGCAAACGCUGAUGUCAACAGGCCAAGAAGCGAUUAAUCGUCAUAUCUGAUCGAGCCUCAACCGAUGCCAAUCUUUGAGGCGCCUUUUUGGUUUUAUGUGUGACAAUAUGAGGGAAAGCAAAAGGCCAUAUUCUUUGUUCUCGUGCGCCUUCUACUCCGCAAUUAACAGAGCGUAAUCCCAGUGUGCCAGCGUCCGCUAAUCUGCCAUUAACGGUGCCGUAUUGAUCUGCGCCUCAGCCCUGUGUGUGCAUGCACCCUUUCAAUACACAGAUCCGAGCCGACACACCAUCAGCCUGAGAAAUGUCACGAUGCUCUCUCUCUCUGUGUCUGUGUCAGCUGGAAAUCCACGCACAGGCCAUAUGCUGCGGGCCUGCAUGUGCGGGAAGGAAAAAAUGAAAUGAUUGAUUUAUUUUUCCACGCGUCAUUUAAAGGCUUUUAAAUCAAUGCUGCAUUACUGUCAUCGUCAGCGGAGUGUGUGAGCGGAGACAGAGAGGAGGCAGAGCAGAUGGCACAGAGCCAGGGAUGGAUGCACUUACUGCUGCUCAUGGUGCUGCUGCUGGUGCUGAUGAUGGUGAUGGUGGUAUUGCUGGUUGUACUGGUGGGUUUGUUGCCGCUGUAGUGGACUGGGUUGGCUGCUGAGUUACAUGCACCUACUGACAGAUUGGUGUAAGUGAGGCUGCGAACAGAAGGUGUGUGAUGGUUUAGUCAGAACAUAUUGAGACUUUGCAGAACAAAUAAGAGAAAAAUGUCAGUUUGAUUUAUUAAAAAAGUGCUGCAAUAUUCAAUUCAGACUCUCAUCUCUGAUAAGAUUGACAUUGACGAAAACAAGGAAAUGUAAUGCUCUGGCUAAAAAAUAAGAAAAACUAAACAGAGAAUCAGGUGUAAGUGAGGUAUAAAGUGUGUCAAGUGUGUGAAGGUGCAUAAAAAGGUGGUCCAUCAAAGAAAGAUUGCAUUGGUUAAAAAUGUUAAUAAGCUAGCAGAAAAAAGUUAUUGUAGCAAUAAAAUUUACAUAAAUAUUGGCAGUAAGAAGAGAAGUAGUUUCUAAUAAGAAAAACAAAGUUUUCACCAAUGAUUUCUGUAAAAAAAAAAAAAUUCCCUCAAAUUUAUUUUAACAUAUUUCCACAAACAUCGGUCAAAUCCUUAUGAUUAAAAAUUCUUAAACUCUAUGAAGGUUUCCAAUAAAAAUGCCAGAAAUCUCUGAAAAUAUUGAGGCAAAAUUUUAGCAAAUUCUCAAAUUCUCUCCUGAGUAUGCUCUGAUAAGUAUAAUGACGGUAUCUGAGAUAUUUGCACUGAUAAUUCCCUGAAUCCUCUGAAUGAAAUUUAUAAAAAACGACUCCCACCAAAAUGCCCAAAAAUAUCUGGGUAUUUCUAAUAAAAACUUUUAAAUCUUAAGAAGAAAUUCUUUGAAAGUUUGAAGCAAAAAUUUUAAGUUUUCUCACAGAAAACCUAGAAAAAUUUCUUGAAAUUUUCUUGAAAGUUUCAACAGUGAAAACCGUGGUAAUUUUCAAAACUUUGCAUGGUUAAGUCCCCAAAAAAUGCCAGGGCAUAUCCCAUGACAAUGUAGUGAAGUUUCACAGUAUCAGAAUAUUUUUGAAUGAAAAAAUGAGUUUCACAGAAACGUCUUCAGUUACUUUGUUAUGACAAGAUCUGAGUACGUUUCCAAUAAAAAAUUUAAAGUUUUUAAGAGGAAAGUUUCAGACAAAUGUCAGGAAUGAAAACUCCAAUGAAAAUUUUCCAUUCAUUCAUCAAAGGUUCCGUCAAAUUAUCAAAUAGUUCUUAAAGAAAGAAUUUAAAUUUUUUUGGUGACAAUUCCUGAAGGAAUUUCUCAACAUUUUGGUUAAAAAUUUAUUAAUCUUUUUUUUUUUCUUGAAAAUUUCCAAAACUUGUCAACUGAAAGUUGUCAUACAUUGAGUGCCAGUUGAUCCCAAGGUUUAAGCAUUUGCUCUACAAGGCUUCAGCCCUUGUGACAGCAAUCACUGGUUUUCCAGCCUCGAUCAUUUGCUGCAUGUCUCUCCCUCGUGCUCUCUACUACUGAGAGAUUGUGAGAUUAGCAUUGUAAUCUCACUGUCUAGAGCUACGUUUUGUAUUAUCCUCUCACAGUAAACAGAAAUGUGACAGAGUUAUUAACACCCUACUGGUGACUGAUGAACAUGUUUUCCGACAUCUGUGAAUUCCCAGACAGCGUCCAUUUUUCCUGAGUCAUUUAUCACUGCCUGACCUCGGACAUGGCUGCAGCUACGGCUGUGAUUUUAAUCAGAGCGUCUGACUCACUGUUCUUUCUGCAGAUUUUAAUGUCCAUUGAUUUGUAGUCACAGAGUAAGUCAAAAAUUGAAGGCAAGAUGAAGUGAGGGGCACUACAGCCAGGCCAAGGAUCUGGGAUGUUUUAAUGUGACUUUGUGUAAUCUCUAUUCUUACAUUCAAUCUCCUACCAGGUAUUAGCAGGUUUGGUGUCUGCAGGAAAAACAGUAUGGAGAGUAAAAGCAGGAGGAACAUAAUCCACUGUAAUGACAUCCCAGCUCCCAUCAUUGGUAAUCUGAGGAGGAUUUAUUUCUCUCUAUGAACAGAUAUCUGCAUGAGCUAUCAGCCAACAAUCUGUUCUAGAUCAAACAUUUACACUUGCGCUCUAAAUCUUCUUGGCACUAUGUCACAAAAGACAAUCAGCGCAAGAAUUUUAUGAAUUUGACCUCCAUUCAACAAACAUUUUAAAGGCUGUUUUCUUCUUCUCUUGAGGACAGAAACUAAGUGAGAGUUAAGUAGCAGUCAUUCAAAUAACAUUAAAAUACGCUCAUCUGUGUAAGGGUAAUUUUGGAAAUGACACCAGAGUUUGAAGGCUGUUGACUUUAUUGGAAGACACUUUGGAAACAGUGGAAAGUAUCGAUGUGAGUUUCUCAAAGCAUAUGUACCCAAAUGUUCUGUUUUGUUCACAACUCAAAAACUGAGUAAAGCAGGUGGAGGGGACCCAAAAAUAUUAAACUUCUGAGGCUUAAAAUCAGACAGAUUUGGCUUUCCUUGACAAAUACUCAACAUUUAUGCUGCUUAAACUCUAUGAUGAACUUUGGUGUCAUCUUUACUUUUGAACUUUAAAAUUUAUAGCACUUUUCUAUGUCAGACAUGGUGUUGUAAUUAUAUUCUUACUCUUAUGAAGUGUGCCCUCAUUAUUCAGAGUGAUGCAAGUUUUCAUCAACUCUGCUAUAAUAUGCACUUUAAUGUAACACAUCUCUGCUUUUGAUAAUAUACUGGUGGUUUGUAUUUGAUAAGAAUUACUACUGAUAGUGUCAGAAUUUAUUAAAGGACAUGUCAAAGGCUUUAAAGACAGUUCGUAUUCUGUCUUUUUCCAAAAAUAUUGAUGAGAUCCAGCGGGAUGAAGACCGUAUGAAGAUGCACAGAUUGCCACUAAGACUUCUGGGAAACAUUUUUUGUCUUUAUGUCUUAUAGUUAAAAAAAUUAGGCAGUUAUGUGACUUCAAAACAGUCUUUGGUUAUGGACAGUUAGUUGGACCAAGAGGCACUUUAUAGGUGUCACUUUGGGCUCUCAGAAUACAACGAUACAACAUACUGCAUACAUAACAUACUGCGAUACAACGGUUUUUGUAAUAAAUUUCAUAAAUACAUUUUUGGAAUUUUCCCCCCAUGGAACUUUUAAAGGAACAUCUCAUCUUAUCUUAAAAAUAUGUAUGCAAUGAUCGAACAUUAAAAUAACUUGAUUGACUGAUCAUAAACAGGGUUGUUUUUGGCUUACCACAUGGAUGGAUGGAUGGAUGGAUGGAUAGAUAGAUAGAUAGAUAGAUAGAUAGAUAGAUAGAUAGAUAGAUAGAUAGAUAGAUAGAUAGAUAGAUAGAUAGAUAGAUAGAUAGAUAAUUUAUUAAUUCUAGAAGGAAAUUCUAAUUAUAAUUUUGAAGUCUUCAUGUGAAGAUACAAUGUCCGAUUUAAAAAGAAACAGACAUAUUUAGAUGUUUACAUUUAGCUGUUUUAAACAUAAGAAAUAUGAAUGACUAUGUUACUACCACAGUGUCAUUAAAUGCAGCUAGUGUUUUGUACUGUCUGCAUUUGAACACGUGUGGACGUGGAUUUGUGUGUGAGAACAUGUCUCUGCUGUGUCUUCGCUGGGGGGUUUCUAUUUCUGCUCACAGUCAGUCACAAACACAGCAGGCUGUCUUUGAAGUGCUCUGCUGCUGUAUUAUAGGCGGCUUCCAGGAUGGUAAAGCCCCAUCAUUACCAUAUCCCUGAGAGGCUGCAGUGUGAAGCUGCCAAAACUGGAGACAGGGUGUGGGGGAGCUGGCCUUAAUAACACUCACAGUGCUGAUGCACACAGACAUAUGAUUCGACAUCACAACCAGAAAAUGAGCUUCUUACAGGGGCUUCCACAGUCUCAAGACAUGGCGGCUGAUAUUUAAACCACUCGUGUGAAUGUGUGUUCUUCCACAUCCACACAUUUUCACACAGUACCCAUAGAUUACACAGCCAAUCACACAGCCAACACAUGACAACAACUUGUCAGAGUGAAGAUUAUAGCUCAUAGCAAACAUCAAAACUUUUACAACUGAAAAAAUGUUUACUGUGCAGCACAUGUUCUCGCACUUUCUAGAAGUUGUUUAUCUUUGCUGGACAAGGAAUCUGUGGGAAUUUGAAGUUACAGUCAAAGGCUAUGAGUCAAGAAAGAAGAGGGAUCAGAAAAUUCUUGUGACAGCUCAGCUUGCAGCCCCCAAAGCCUCAGAACAUGUAAGAGGCAAAACUACUCUAUCGCUAUAGCUAGUGGUCCAUUUGUUUUGGAGGAGAAAUAUGUGGAUAAUUUGAUGACCAGAAAAAAGGAUUGUAAACAUGUAACAACGCAGGAAUACUCACCUUAAAUUGAGUUAUUAGCAUAUAUAUAUAUACUAUGGCCAACUUGCCAGUAUGCGGAUUUGAAGCCCUAAAGCUCUUGGUAAUUCUGCAUUUUUUCUCCACUUCCUGAAACCAACAUUGUGCAGUAGCGUUGUACACACUCCACCACUUGAGCAGUAACAUUGUACGCAUUCGGCGGGAGAAUUGCCAAAAGUCGCUGUGUUGAUGCUCAGCUCAAACAGCGUAUCCCCCGGGUGAGCUAAGCAAACUUUGUACACCCAUAGGUCGAAUCAAGUGUCAAUCAUAGAAAACAUGAACCCCGCAAUAACUUUUAAAAAUGGAGCUGUACAGAAAAAGAGGACUUGAGCACAAACCAGUCUUACAAUAACUACAUGGCAACAUUGCAAGUAGGGGUGAGAAAAAUGUAUAUUCUGUGUCAUAAAUUCUGAAGGUUGUCCACAGCUCCAUCCGGAGUGCUGGAGGAGGCAGCAUGUCACCAGAGGAUGCUGUUCUCAGGGUGGCUUUACCCAGUGAGGAGGCAGAUGGCGUCCAUUCUGUAUACAGUCUAUGGUUAUUUGUGACAGCUCAGCUUGCAGCCCCCCAAAGAUCCUUGAGAGGAUUUUGGAAGCAACACAACUUCAUAAAAUCUGGGGUCUGUUUGUUUUGGAGAAGAGAAGAACUCUUGUCUUCAGAAGAAAGGUUGUAAACCAUUUACUCUGAUGGAGUCUCUCACCUUAAAACUGAACUAACAUUGGUGGUGGCUCAGCCUGCAGCCUGUUUUACUGCUUUAAAACCAAAGAUCUCACCAGAGUCAUUUCAGUGGGGUAUGGUUUUAUUGAGAGUUUUACUUCAAAUACCGAGUCUUUUUGUAUGAGAGUGGAAACCUUUGAGGAGCUUUAGUCAGACUCUACAUUCUUCAGCUGUCAUUAGAAUAAGUUAUAGCAUCUGGCAGCCAAAGCUGAUUUUUCAUGGCUUCCAUGUGUAGCAGCAGUUAGCAUUUAAGGACUCCUAGCUAAGGCCCCUACAUCUGUGCACUGCCCAUGUUCAAAACCGAGACCCUCAGAUGCAGAAAUUGAGUUGGAGUAGACAAACACGGUCAGAAAGCAGAUUCUUUGCUGCACAUGUAUGCAGAUGUCUGUAUGCAGCUAAAUUGUCUUCAGAUUACUGCAGAUGUCAGGACUGCAUUACAGUGGUUUACUUCUUGCCCUGUUUUGCUAGAUGGGGAUGAUACUUCUACUAAAAAGCAUGUGAAAAAUAAAUACUCAAGGAAUCUUUACCUAAAAAAGGAAUCAAUGUCUUUGUACAGCUCAGAUCGUAGCCCCUCUGAAUGCUGUUCGUCAACAUGGGAGGGCUGUAAAAAACAUGAACUUUUGAAUCAAAUGCAGGGCUGUGUUUUAUCACAAAAUUUCAGCCUUGUAAACAUUGAACCCCAACGUGAGCCUUAACUCUACACAAAGCUGGCCAUAGUAGCAGCUCAGCUAGCAUUCUUCUUCUCCUUCUUCCUCUUUAUAUUGUUAUUAUUAUUAUUUAAACUUAUUUUAGUACCAGGGGGAUUCACUUUGAAGAGGAGAAGACCUUUGCCAACAAUUUGGAUUGACACUGAAAGAAUCUGAACCUAAAACUGUGGGAAUGCGAGCAACAGCUCUGCGCACGGACUCAGAAGGCUUUAUUAUUUUUAUGAUUUAUUUCACGCCCAGAAAAAUGGGUUUUGAAAGGUAGAGACCUUUGGGAACAAUUAUGAUGAACACUGAUGUAAUAUUGGCCUAAAACUAAAACUUUUUUUGUAAGCAGCAACUCAGUGCACAGCCCCUCUCUCCCUCCCUUAUCUGCAAAAAGCUACAUUUUUUUGACUGUUAUUUCAACACUAGUCAUAAUAGUUUUGAAGUGGAGGAGACAUUUGCCCACAAUUCGGAUGAAAACCAAAGGCCUAACCUAACAACAUAGGUUUCUAAGAGACAGUGACUUUUGCCAACAAUUAUAAUUGGACUCUUAACUUAACCCUAGGCUAUGUUCUUAGUGGCAGCUCAUUGCGCAGCCCCUCCUGACACCCUGCGUUCUCAAAAGACUGAUUUUUUUCCCCCUCCAUUUAUUUUUUGAACAAAAAGAAAACAGCAGUAAAGGAAGCCUGAAAUAUCUGAGAAGACAAAUUAAUCACAUAGUAAGUUUAGUCCAGCCUGGUUUUAAUCAGGAUACUUUUCAAACUGGCAACAUAAUUAUAUAAUCUGCUCUGGAAAUACAGAUAAAUUCUGACUGAUACACAAAAAAUGAACGAUAUUCUUUGUCACAUCCUUCAGCUACAGUCUCCACCUGUGUGUAGGUCCUAGAGCUCUGUAGAAUCUGUAACCAUAAUACUGAAGAACAGUUGUGGUGAACCACAUUACAGACCAUUAUAAUCAAACAUGUGCACGGUUGCUUACAGUUGACCCACAAUGAAAGCCUUUGUGUGCAUCAGCCGGUUGAAAUGCUGAAUGCCGCUCUGUUCCUCUGCACCGACUCUCUGACAGAGAAACAAAGUGUCACUUUGUGCCUCCUCAGCACAGCAGCACUAACAGACACAGGAGAACGCCCAUCUCUCCUCACUCUGCGCUCCUUGCAGACACACCUCCUUCCCUCACAUGCCGCAUGUGCUCUCCUCCAACAUACAUCUGCACCCGAGGACCCACACUGACAGCAGCUCUGAGGACGGCACUGCAGCGAUCAAAUUUUUAUCAAACUGAGAAUAUCAAGGGAUGCCUCCUCCGCCACUCUCUUUUAUGCCCUCACACACACAUGCAUCAACACACACACACACAGACACACACCUUAGUCCUCUCUGCAUCUGACACCUGACUCCAGGUAAUGCCCUAGAUCCACAGUGACAGCAGGCAGGUGGAACGGCCACACACUCACAGAUCCCCUCGCACCAAAGCGGCUGCACAACGGUAAGAAAACAUUCUUACACAGAAAAUUACAAACACUGUUGUCAUGUUUGUAGGUUGACUUGAACUGGAGAUUGCAUUCAUUCCUCCUGUGUGUUUACUUGUUCUUUGUGUACAGCAGCUUGUGUUAUUCAGGCUGAUUUAGUGAAGUGUGAAAAUAUGACUUUACUUCUGUUUCUGUGGUUUAUAUCAGCUGUGAAAUCACCACUCAGUGUUUGUGUCUGAGAUGCUCAGGUGGGAGAAGAAGGGCUCUCUGUUCUUUGUUUGCAGACUUGAGCGCUGUCAGCUAACUGUGGCUAAUGUGGAAAAUGUAACCACGGUCAUGUGAUACAUGUAGCGUGUCACUCUGAAAUCCAUUGUUUCUCCCCUGCUGACAUGCAGAGCGGAGGCAAAUGCCAAGAACAUCUUACAGCAUCACGUCUGAACAGAGAGGAACAUUUUAUGAUUCAUUAGGACAUGUUUGCAGCAGGCCUGCUGGACCUGCAGUAAUGCUCUGAUAGCUGCCGCUGUUUGUUUUGUGCAGUUAAACAUGUUUGCAGCCAUGCUUGCAGUGCGGCUCCAGGGUAGAAAAUGCUGCUCAGUGGGACUGUCCACGAGUCUGAGCCAAACAAAAAUAUAUCAGGUACCAGAGAGGACCUAACAGGGUGCAGAUCUCUGCCAAGGCCAAAGGUCCAAUCAGCAAGUGCAACCACUAUGUCUGGAUACAUUCCCAGAACUAUGGCAGGUACCUGAUAUAUAGUUAUGAAGAGGCUUUUUCUCAGCUGUGCGUUUAUAGCGUACUGCUGCAUUUGAAAAUAUUUCAAUAUUCCCUUCAAGCUGAAGAGACAGGAAACGCAGGGAGUGGAGAGUGGGGGGGGGGGGGGGGGGGGGGGGGGAAUCAAACUAGCUGCUACCCGGUCGAAUAAGGUCUAUAGCCUGUGUAUGUGGUUGGCUUAGAUUACUUGGCCAUCUGUGCCCAAAAUAUCACUUUAUAGAGGUAAAUAAAUGCUUCACAGAUUAUUGUUGAUGGGAGCUGGUAUACCAUCACGAUGGACCGUGUUCCUCCUGCUUUUGCUCUCCAUACAUACUAUUUUUCCUGCAGACAGCAAACCUGCAGAUUCCUCACAUACAAAUUGUUCUUAAAAAUUGAAACUAAAAUGAACUUGAAUGUGUGACAAAUCUUGUGGCAGAAGAUUUUCCAGUGAAAUAUUGUCCAAACAGAAGUUGAGUUCAGAAAAAGACUGUUACUUUAAGGAAAAUUGUGGCUCAGUGGUAGAGUUAGUUAGUUGGUAGAGUUUUUAGACCUUAUCUUGACGGAAAAAGCAAUUGAGUCUAAGUAGUUGCACUAACUUCAGGUUCUGCAUGCAUGUAUUGUUAACAGGAAACCAAAACAAAACUUUUACAAGCAUUUGGGUUGACCCACAUGUGGAGGGAGAGGAUAGAGUAAGAGGGUGACUUUCACUGAUGGAGUUGGAGGUGAUAUGUGUAAAUACAGGCCAAGUGGAGCUUAUUAAGAGUCUCUUAACACUCUUAGUUUAGAAAUAAAAGGUGGCAGAGACAGUCACGCAAAACUGUCAGCAGACAAUUUACAAGCUCGGUCCUCUCUUCGUUACAUAAAUCUGAACAUCAGAAAGGUGUAGGAGCAGAGUUUGAUCUGUAAAGAAGCAGAUGUGAGAAGUCUGCAGGCAGCUUUAAUCUCAUCCUCACAUCCUGCCUCAGCUCACAGAGAAGCUGAUGCAGGUUUGACUCUGACGAACUGACACAUGGUUAGCAUUAGCUCAAACAAAACCUGCACAUGUUCGAUUUCUGUGAACUGUACAAUCUGUCUGGUACAAAGGUGGGAGGGGCUGACAAGUAAAACAUGAAGACAUGUGGGUGCUUUAGUGAAAACUGAGUAUUAGUUCUGAAAACAGACGUGAAUGGUCAAAGUUUGCUGUCAGCUUUACAUCACUUUAUGCAAAAUUUGAAGGUUCAAACAAACUGCAUAAUUAAAGUGUCUGUCAGUGGUAUAACAUUGCAGGCAUAAGAACAAACACUUUGGUUAAUACUUAGCUGCCAGUCAACACUUUAAUUUUAAAAAGUGUUUGUGGUUCUAUAAAGACCUGCAGUUGAACUGUAGACAGUUGGUGAUAUGCAGAUCAUUUAAAGCCCAAGUUGAACUGAAAAUAGUCCAAAGACAACAUGUCGAAUGCUGAAACUGAAUUUUCUUAAUGUAUGAAUAUUACAUUUGCUGUCAGCAAUGUGUCAAAGGAGUUGGUUUAGAGUCCUGUUUGCCAUAUAGUUGCAUCAGCUCUUCUUUUACCAACAGUCUUUAAGUGUUAGUGAACCCAGCAGAUCAGUUUCUGGAGUUGAGAAAGUGAAAUGUUGUCCCACCCUGGCCUGAUAGAGGAUUUCAGCUGCUCAACACUUCAGGGUCUCCUUUAUCCUAUUUUUUUGUGUUGUAAUGCUCUAAAUGUUUUCAAUAGUUGACUGCAGUCAGACCAGUUUAGCAGCAGGACUCUUCUACUACAGAGCCAUGCUGUUGUAAUCCCUGCAGAAUGUGUUUCGUCAUUGUCUUUCUAAAAAAAAGGAAGUCUUCCCUGAAAAAGUCUUUGUCUGGAUGGCAGCAGAUGUUGCUCCUAAACCUGGAGAUAUUGUUCACCAUUAGUGGAGCCUUCACAGAUGAGUCACCCACUCGUGACAUGGAUACUUAUGAUCCCUGUACUAUCAGGGAUACUGGUUUUGAACUGAGAGCUGAUAAUGAGCUGGAUGGUUGUUAUACUCUCUAUAUUUUAGGACCCAGUGUCCAUGAUUUCCAAGAGAAUGUCAAAUUUUGAUGAAUUAGACCCCAGAAACAGUUUUUCUCUUCCCCUCAGUCCAUCUUGAAUGGACUCUGGUCCAGAGAAGUCUCUGGUGUUUUUGGAUCAUGUUUAUAACUCGUUUCCUCUUGUUCAGUUUUAACCAGAUAAUGGUUUUUGGAAGUGAUUUAGAGCCCAUGCAGAGAUUUCCACUACAGAGUCCUGUCUUUUUUUUAUGCAGCACUGCCCGAGGACCUGAACAUCAGGUCCAUCCAGUCUUGGUUUUGGUCCUUGUCUCCAGAUUCUCUGAAUCUUUGAGUGAUAUUAUGUUUUAUAGAUCAUGUUACUAACCUGUUGAAGGUAAACCUCAUUUGCUGUGAGAUGUUCCUCCAGCUGUUUAUUAAGCAUCACACGACUCUUUCAGCAUUUUUAGCUCCUGUCUCUACUGUUUUGAAACUUGUUGCAGGGGUUGAAUUUAGAAUGAGGAUAUAUAUUUUUCAUUAAACAAGAACAUGUUUCAGUCUCAACCUCUGAUUUUUUUGGUCUGGUACUAUUUUUGACUAAAUUUUAAUUGAUCUGCAAACCAUCUAAAUCUGAGUUUGAUUGGAAUGGGGGUUGUAUUAGGAAGGUAAUGUUACCAGUAAAUCAGAAGACCGGUCAGGAGCACGUAAACAGGAUUACUGUUGUAAUACAGCCAUGAGGAGACCAGCCCACAGCUUGUGCAGCAGUGGUGAGACUGAUGAUUAAUUACCACACUCCUCUGAUGUGUAUCCUCCAUGUUUGUUUUUAAUCAGCCCGUCUCUGCACAGUAAAGUGUGUUAAAUAACAGGUGUAUUUGUAUGUAGCGUCUUCUUCCCUGUGCACGUGACCUGGUGUCCACAUCACUUGGUGUUUGCUCCAGCUGAACUGUCUCCGUCUGUUUGUGGUGAUGAAGGAUUGUUGUGUGAACUGAUUCUGUAUCGUGUUUGUCUCCUCCGGCGUCGGCUGCUGCUCACAUGUUGUGAUGGUAUCCAGAGUCGUUGGUGUCUGUGAGGCGUUGUUUUGGUCUACUCUCUGUUUUCAUCCUGAUAUAUCUCAUUUUUCUGCUUCCUCAUCCAUCCCCUCCAUGUGUCGCUCUCCAUUCUGCUCAUGUUUUUCACUCUGAUGCUAACAGCCCUAACAAACCCAAACUUGCUUUUGUUUUCUGUAUUUAUUCCACGCUUUCUCCCAAAGCCACAUCGGAGGAUCUGAUUAAAACAAGCUCUGUGCAAAAGAGCAGAUCGAUGUUCCCUAAGGUUUUACUGCAGUGGUGUGCAGCCAUCUCGAGCUGUGCUGCUGAAAUAGGUAAACCCUAACACAGCUACACCGUCCGUCUGUCUGCUUUGUCAGCAAGCUACAUGUGCUGUACAGUUAUGGCACUGAGCCGCCUGCUAAAGCCAUGCUGCUGGGAUUUGGUGGCUGUCUGGGCCGCUGGGUGCAGAGCUGUGUCUCCAUCAGACGUUGCUGGGCUGCAGCAUCGUGCUCUGAUGCAGCUGUAUCCCUGUCAAAGACGUCUCUCUCUGCUUUUGUUGAGCACAUGGCCGCUCCUCGUGCUUCUCUCAUCCCAUCUCAGGCUGCUCCAAAGUCUGUCCUCUGCAGCAAAAACACAAAAAAGAGACACUCGCUCAUCAUCUGGACCUGCAGCCAACACGAGAAAAUAAACAGACAAACAAACAAACAAACAGAGGAGAAUCAUAGUGCCUCUCUUUACACCAGCAGACAGUCACACACUCUCUCUAUUUUCACACUACCAAACAUGCUUGUUCGCUCCUUGUUCUGCGCUGGCUGGAGUCACGCAGGACAAAGAGCCUUUUUAAGGAGGAGAGACAUUUCUGAGAGAGUCUGUACAGCUCAGGAAGGAGGCCCAUGGCGCGCUGGUUCCUCUCCUCCUCCCUCAGUACUGUCUCUCUCUCUGGGUUUUUAAAGUGGGGCCUUAGCUGCUUGUGGUUUUGUUUGUUUCUGCAGAACAUUAGAAAACCUCUGGCUCCACUAAUGUGCUGUGCUGCAGGCAUGUGUUUUAAACUUCAGGAGGCAGUCUCGGGUUUGUUGUUGGAUUAUGAGAUCUAAACAAGAGCUGGUUUAUGUGGUCCGUGUGAUUAUUCCUGCUGUGAAUCUAGACCUCAGUCCGAUCUGCCGCAGAAAUCUGCAUCCCCAUCCCCUCAGAUCUUUAUCCUUCUUUCAGACGUACAGUUGACCUUUCAUUGGCCCUGCUGCCACACCAAAAAGCUGAAACAGAGACGCCUCAGAGGGCUCAUCUUCCUUCUAAAACAGUAGCGUCUUUAUCGAGCCAAUCACCAUGAGCUAUUCUGGAAGCCAAGCUUUUUGAUGAUGAUGCCAGAGGGGAUGAAGAGCGAAAUAACAAAAGAGAGAUCUCAGAGGCUGACUGCAGCUUUUUCCUUUUCUCUUCUCUCUCUUCUUUGCUCACACUCACUUCUUUCACCUCCUUUAAAGAAAAUAACAGUAUCCCCGCAUCACUUUCACUUCCUCCCUCUCUCACCACAGCCAAGGUGUGCAGUGACCAUGGCAACUGACGCCACGGAAACGAAGCAUGACAUGCUUUUAGAGGUAACCGAAUCCAAAGGCCCAGGUAAAUAGGAAAAAUAAUGUUUUUACAGACAUCUUAAAGAGACAGUGUAUGAAAACUGAGUCACAUGCUAAGGAUGAAAUGACCUUAGUGUGAUAUGUUACUGUCUCUUUAAGAAGUGUUUGCUGUGGUGAUGGGUUUGCAUAGAUUAGAGGUGUGCUGUGUCUUCUUCUGUGAUCACUUUUUGGACUCUUUAAGAUGUAAUCUUUCUGUGCUUUAAACUUAACCAGGUGCUGAUACGAACCUGUAAGGGGAAGAUGUCAUCAGCAGAGUAAAUAAAGGGGCAAUGACACUUUUAUGUAGAGGCGUAAAACAAAAACACGCAUAGUGAUGAGGAGUUAAAAACAAAGACGACAAAAAACAAAAUUCUGAUUUAAAACAAUAGAGGAAAUAUUUCUGCUGCACUAAUUAUAGCUGCGCAAAAAAGUAAAAUAAGUAAAAGAAAGUGUUUUGAAGAGGUUUAUUAAAAUAUUUUGGAUUUCUUAGCCAGGACUAGUUCACUAGUUUCAGCAAAAGGUCUGUGAGUCAUCAUCUCUGAAAUGGUGCUUUGUCAGCUUUUGACAUGAUUGCUCCUUAAUGUCAGUCUGAUUAGUUGCCUUGUAGAAUAGUUCAUAGGUGGUACUUUGGUUGUGUUUUAAACAGUUUGACACAAAAUGCAGAUCACUUUGUCAACUUGGCUUUCAUAGAGCUUUUAAAGGUAGAGUCUGUUGUUCAAAGGUGCAGUGGUGCUGUUAUCUUCUGCUGCAAGGCCAAAAUGGAAAUAAAAUUAUAAACAAUUAUAAAACUAGCAGGUUAAUUUUGGACUAAAUUGCAUCAUGAUAAAUGCACUGACACUGAUGGACCCUUAAAAACAGGUCCAGCUGUAUCAGUGUACUACACAAAUUAAAUUCACUUUUUGCACCUCUUGAAAAUCGGAGUAAAGCAUGUUGCACUUGUCAGCUACAACAGUGGUUAAGACCAUAUCCAGAGCUGAAACAUAUUAGUCUAAAGAUUACAAACAAAACUGCAAAUUAUUGACUUCAUUUUAAGUCAACCCAACUCUCUUAGUAGUAAAGGUAAAGUGGAAGUGUCUUAUUUCUCAUGUCCAGCAGAGGGCAACUUCAAAAGUCAAGUAGUAAAUGGUCGAAUUUCUCCGUUGUUUUCGUCUCGCCCCCCCAAAUUAAAAAAAAAAAAAAUUGUUAAUGUAAAAGUGGUUUGGCUAGCUGUUCCUCCGUUGUAGUUCUAAUGUAGGCUAUGGUAAGGGGUGAUUUCAAACUGAACAGACGGUGAUAUUAUUGAUUUACUGCUUAGACUCAUCUAUAAAAGCAAACAAGUGCACUCAACAAGAUGAAAAACUUUCCAUUAUCAAAUCCAUUUAUGGACUCGUCCUGAAUUUAACUCAUUUAUGAGGACUGUAGCUGCUGCAUUCUAACUGAGGUGCUAUAAAUUAGUCAGGCUUCUGCUGUUUCUUACUUUAUUAAUCUGCCCUCACUAGCUGCAAAAUAUUCCCUGAUCUGACAUCUAGAUUGAAACACCAGCAGGGUCUUAGUCCAGAGGAUCACAAUCCAAACACGCCGCACUUAAAGCACACACAGAAAGUCAGAGUUAGCCUCGCUCAGUCGUCUACGCUGCAGGAAAAAUUGUCCAUUCUGGUUUCACGCCUGAGUGUGUGUGUGCAGGCCCGUGGCAAUGCAUUAUGUGCUUUGUGCUGGAGUAAAAACAGUGAUGCUGGGUAAGCGUGCUGCAGGGAAACAGAACAUGAGUGUCACAGAGAAAUAUCACUCACUGCACACAGUGAGGAUAAGAGUCAGGAGUCUCUAUGAGAGACUUUUAUUUGACUUCAGCAAUAUCUAAAAACAGAUGUAAAUAUAUUUUUGAACACACUAUGAGAAAGGCUCGCUGACAUUUUAAAUACAUUUUAAAAAACCUGUUAGUGUGCAGUUCCUUUCACCUAAAACUACAUGGACUGCCAGGAGCAAUCAAGCAAUGUCCUUAGAUAGAAACAGACUUCAAAUGUGGAACCUUUGCAGAUGUAAAAAUAGAUGCAAAAGUCCAAAACAAUUAAUGGAUUUCAAAAAUUAAAAAAACUGCUGUAGAAAACAAAAACAACGGCAUUAUCAGCAAAAAUGUUGCAAAUGUAAUCAAAAAUGCAAAACAUACAAAUCCAGAAAACACAUGCAGAAGACAAUGGAUGCACAAUAUCUGUAUCAGCAGAUAUGUAAAUUCCAGCUAAUUUAGAAAAUGAUGAAGUAUGUUACUAUAUUUAUUAUUAUGCAUAAUGUUUACACUGAAUGUAGUUGGAAGUGCCACAAGCAAACAGAAAAAUAGUUGUUUGAAAUGCAUGUGAUGGGAGGAGAAGCAGUGUAACACUGUUUUAACAAUACCAAUUAAAUUGUAAACAAUUAUCCCUCUGGACAGCAGCAAAAAUUUCCUCUUAAGUUGUGGAUGAAAAAAGUGGGAACAAAAACCUGUCAGGAGCCUUUACUUCAGUCAUUCAGUUUAGAAAUAUAGCAGGGACACAUAAAGAGAAAAUCAUUGAAUUCAUUAUGCUUGAUAAUCAGCUGAAGGGUACAGUGUACUUAGAUUGGUUUCUAUAUUUUUUUCAGAUGAAAUUAGUUCAAAAAUAUCUGUAUAUCAGAUAUCAUCAAAAAUCCAAUAUCAUGCAUCCCUACAUAAAACAAAUGCUGCCUAUCAGCCAUCACAAAAGGUGCUCCAGGCCAGGAGGGAGCACCCAGUGGAACAGCUCAGUGUUGAUGGGAGAGAGUGAAGCAGUUGGUGAAUUGUCAAAACUUUACAAGUUUAUUUUAACACAGCAUUAAGCAAUAGUUGUAGCCCUGCAUAAAGCACACACAUUUAUAAAUAGCAUAUAUGUAUGAGGUCUUUGUCCCUAAAAUAGACACUGAGGUCUUAAAUAUGGCUGGACAAUCUCAAAGAAAAAAAAGGAUAAAACUGAAAGUGGAAAAAGGGAUUAAAAAUAUGAAAGACAGGAUUAAAUUCAGAAAUAACAUCUCAUAAAAGCUGAAAACUACCAACCUGAGUGUGUUAAAUACAGUCUGGAAGAAAGAUACUUAGAGGCAGAAGUGUUAAAGCCACCACUGAAGAGAAAGAGACGCCAAAUAUCCUCCACUUUCAGCUCCUUAUUAUAAACAAAAAUAUACAAGAAGUAUAAACUUUGUAAGAAAGAAAUGCAGUUUCUCAAAUUUAUUAAAAGCAAUCAAUAACAUACAUGUAUGUCUGCCCAGACAGAAAGUUCCCAUCUUGAAUUGCACAUACUGUAAGGUGCAACUUAAAUCUGUAAUGAUAAACUGAGAACGGGUUGCAGCGGCUAAAAGCACCAAGAUUUACUCAUCAUUGACUUAUCUGCUUUGUCUUGCAGUCAAAUACUCAAAGGACACAAAGCAGUCAGUACUGAAGUGCAAAAAAACACUCCAAACAGUUGCAGCUCUGUGUUGUUUGCUCUUGUUUUGUGUCUGAGUAUGGAGAUGAGCUGUGAGCAUCACUACUCUGCUGCACAGAGCUGUCCUGUGCGCUCUCAUCCUGACAGCACUAAAUUCCUGUCACUAAAGACUGGCACAACAAAAUAUGUAAAAAAUAUUUCUAAAAUUUCAACCAAAUUUGAGAACAUCAGAGAGCCCACACAUGAUGACAAACAAUGACACAUUUAACACUUCUGUUCCUGUUGUGUGAGAUGGGCAGCAAUGUGAUGAACACAUAAAGACACUCAAAGACCAUAAAGACUAGAAUCCAAACUCUCAUAAUGUGAAAUCUCAUAAAGUCUUUCACAGUCUUUAGAGUAAACAAACAUAGUAGAGUAUGGAAGCCAACCACUGCUGGCUGCUUAGCUACUGGGUAUAUCGGCUGAAGUAGCAGAUGUAGUAGAAGAAGUUAUUUAUUUUCAACAUCUCCUCUGGUCAUGUGUUUUACCGAACACGUAAGCACUCGUGUUAUCAUCAAGCCAGUUCUUCAUUCCUGAUGUUUGUCUCAGUUUAUACUUUGUGUUUACAGCCGUUGUCCUGGUUGCAUUUGUUGUGCUGCCUGGUCAGCUCCGUUUCUGAUUGGCUGUGUGUGAUUGGAUCCUCAGGGAUCCCCCCCACAUAUACAGUAUCUGAUCUUAAAUAUUAAACACAUUUUAGAGGCUCUAAUCAUCUCCCGCACAGAUUAGAGGGGAAAAAUCUCUUCUAGCAAAUCUCACAUUGCAGGAUUAUUUUGGAAGAUAAUCUUUUAAGUUAACCAGUUAUCUUUAAUUCGCUGACUUUUACUGUAAAAGGGGAAUUACAGCGACAAUGACACUAUUAUCUGGUAGUGUGCACAUCAGUUUAAGCAAUGAGGAGGGAGCAUGUUUUAAGAGGUCAGUGACAAGUCCAGAUGUGGUGUCACUGUCAACUCUUCCAGUUUAAACCAAACUUCCUCCUGGAGCAAAUUAGCAAAAAUGAGGCUUGUUUGGAUAAAAAAAAGGACAACCCAUGACAGGGGUUCAGAGAGCCCCUGACUGCUAUAACCCCUGAAUAUUAUAAAUUCAGUCAUGUCAAAGUAUCACUAACAGACUUUAUGUACAAAUAUAUUAUUUCUAGAUCAUCCAGAGGUUGAAUUCUUGUCCGGAUCACCAAAAAUGUUGGGCAUAAUCACACUUAUAAAUAUUGUGCCAUAGCUACUGCCAACUCUCAGCCAUGGAGAUGAGAUCCACUUUAAUGCAUGGUUUAAAUGAAUGCAAACAACAGUGGUACAGUCUGAAGUGCCUAGCCCUCUGUGCAUGCAUUGUGGAUUAGAUAAUGUUGUCUUGGUUUAUUUGCACAGGUUAAACUGGAGCAAAAGCCACUCAAUUUUUGAAUGAAUCAGGCCCUCUAGUUUCUGUGAGGAGAUAUGGUUCAGUCUGGGGCUGUAGUUACUGUUGAUUGAUGUUUAUCGAUUGUUAAAAGAACUGAUGUGGUUUUGGGAGGGAAAAUCAUUCCUUCAGAAUGAAACCAGGGACAUUUUAUAAACUAAAGACAGGGUUAUAAUAGGUUAAGACAUGCUUUUGAAAAGUGGAGGAAUUAGUUUACUGUAUCACUUCCCAUGAUGCUUUGCAUGUAGAGUGAAACCCUACACCAGAUGCUACUUAUAGCUCUGAAAGGGAUACACGGAGCCUGAGAACGCUGUCUGUGCCGUGGUGUAAAGUGGCCAAGUAGCCAUGCAACCUUAGUUCAGCCAGCGGACCCCCACAACACACACAAAUACAACACACAGACCAACAAAGCUGUCAUGCUAUGAGGAUAAAUGAGCAUGUCUGUUCAGACUUUUAAAAAACAUUGUGCUGACUAAUCCCCAGGGAAGAUCCAGCCUCUUUUAUUUGAGGGUUUAUAACUUACUGACAAGAGGAGGAGUAAAGACAGGGACCAAGAGUUCAAAGUUGGUUACAUAACUUAAUUUCCUGAUGCUGAGAGCUGCUCCAGCUGCUUCGUUUUAUCUGACUGUGUUGUCACAGAGACAGGCCUCCUCCUUUGUUUCAUACUAAUUCACCACAGAUAAAGGGAUUGGCCCUCUUACUGUUAAAUUACAGAAUUUAGCUGCCUAAUUAGCUGUAAUAUGUGCCACUGAAUAUUAAUUAAAGUUAUUUCCUUCAGAUUUAAACAGAUAAACUUGUAAAUCUUAAAGUUCUGCAUGGAUUUAGAUGGUACAGGAAACACAUUAGAUAUUAAAGGGGAACUCCCAGUAUUUCUGAAUACUUAAAUGAACAGACUUAUAGAGAUGGGAAUUACUAUCCCAUUGUUAAAGUGUUAUAAACAGUGAGCAUAAUGCCCUAUAAGGUUAUUGAUUUAUAAUUUAUCAUACCUUAAAUGCACAAGAGAGAAAAAAUUAUAAAAAUGUAGUCUUGUUAUGAAGUAUUUUUGUCUAACACUUCACUUACAGCCACAAAAUACUGCUCAUACAUUUUAGAGGAACAUAUAUUUGUUAAUAACCUCAUAGAGUGCUGUCACUUUAAAGCACCCUGGGUAAUGCUUUAGCAAGUUGUGAGUUUUAAUAAGACAUUUCCUGAAUUCAGAACCACAAACGUUAUCACUUUAUUUUUUUUUACAAAACAUAGAAUAAGCCCUCGAUGAACUUUCAUAAUCAGGUAAAGAUGUGCGAGUUAUGUGUUAUUAACCACCAGUUCAAAAGAUGCUGUUUUUUUUUUUUUUUUUGCAUUAGGGUAUAAUACAUAACACAUUAUACCUUUAUGAGGCAUUAUGCUCACUGCUUAUGCUUUAAAUACAUGCUUAUAAUCAUCCAUAAGGGUUUCUUUAAAGCCAUAUAGAUGCACCUAUAAGGCUGUAUAUAUAGGGGGUUUUAUAUGAUAUCAAAUGUAUAAAUCAGUACAUGUAAAUAUUCUAAAUAAGCUCACUAACUGAAUGCAAAGGCUCUAUCGCUGUGAUAUUAUGCAGGAAGUUGCCAUGUGUCACUGUGACUGUGCUGCCUAAUUUCAUAGAAGGUAAAACUUUGAAGAGGACUGCACUUUUCAGCCAAUGUGAAAGAUGAAACUCUGAAAAUCACCUGGUCCCGACCAGGUUAGCUUUGCAGGGUCAUCUUUGGCUGGUUUAUAUGGAGCCAGUUUGUUGACUCUGAAAACUCUGACUUUGAAAAUAUAACAUCUUAAUUUUUUUUAUGAAGUCUACAGUCUGCUACUCAAUUAUGUGACUGCAGUGACUUUGCCUAUUAUGACCACACAUAUGUUGAGCGCUUAGUGAUUUGACAUUUCCUCUUGGGGAAGAAAUGCAGGGAAGCUUUUUGUAGUAAAACUGUGUGAAAAAAGACAUAAUUCAUAAGCAAGUAUUGAACCGUGGAUGAAUUACUGACUUGUUUAGUAUUAUAUUGAGAAUUAUAUCAUCUCUAGUUCCCACUUACUGUCAUCAUUUCCUGACUCUCCAAAGACAAAUGUUUAUGCCACAGUGUCAACAGGCAGAGGGGAAGUGUGCUGGACUCCUUCCUCUGGAUUGAUUUGACAAGUGUGAUCAGGUUUCCCCUGGUGUCCCUUUGGCUGCUGAGAAUUGCUAUGAGAUUUCACCGAUCAGAAUCAAGUAUUUAGCACAGCUUAGAAAUUAUAUGAAAUAGUGAGGGGGGCAGAGGGUGGUGUGUUUAAUAGUGUGAUCGGUCUUUCCAAUGAACCCUUAAGAGAUGAUCUUACCGAACUAAUACAGCCUCUUGAACUGCUGCGGCCAAAACAAACAUGUAAAAAUGAGGCUCAAUUUAAAACAAGUCCUCCCCUUUAACUCUUAAAGCCAUGUGUAGAGACAGGAUGUCGUUGCGGUUUAGUCCCCACUCUUCUCUCUCUCUCUCUCUCUGGAGACCAAUCAUGGGUCUGUUUUUUCCUGUUUUAAGCCAAUAUCUCAGGGAUUCUUUACAGCUUCUCCGAAGCUGCUGUGUCUGUGGGUGUUUCCUUUUUUAAGCGAGUUGUUUAUCUCCCCCUCUUCCUCUAAGACCAAACCAAAGAGCCAAGGUUUUCUCCUCAUCCCAUCUGCUUUAUUUUGAUUUAUCCUCUUUUAAUUCAAUCACUGGCAUUUCAUCAUCCACACACCACAAACACACCCAUCGGCACCGUCCUGCUCGUGACCCAGCUGGAGGUGGGAGAUAUGAGGACUGAUGACCUGAUUGCAUGUCCCUGUGGUUGUCAUCUGUUUUCUUUUGGCCGGCAGAGAGAAGGCGACAGGGCAAAUUCCAGCCCUUCAGACGACUCUUUGGGAAGAAGAAGAAGAGGGAGGCGCAGGGGGGGUUUGAUGGAGCAGAGCUGAAGGCGAGCUUUUCUACCGGGGAAGUGUGUAAUGGAGUCAUAUCUGACGAUGAGGAGGCAAAUCAAAAUCUGAGGUAAGAGCAAGAUUUAUUUGAUUUACACAUAAUGAGACUAAACUUUUGCUUUUGUUUCUUGUCACUGAUGAAGCUGCAAUAAAAGGUCUUAUCAGUGAUAUAGGGCAUGAAUACAGACACUUAGGAUUGACGUAUCUCCUUCUUAUCAAAGGUUUUCUGUCAUAAAAUGAAAGUAAAAGUCAGAGAAAUGCUCAUAAAAGCAGUGGUUACACAAUCUGUGCAGAGACAGUUGAGGACGUGCUUGUAAAAGGCUCGACACGCCUUUAAUUGAAACGCUGGAACUGCUGGUGUGUAAAGAGGUCAUUCAUUUCUUUCUGUAAAAUGAUUAACGGAGCGACGCUGCAGCCGGCUCGUGAUAGAUGAAUGAAAGACUUAGAGUAAUGACACAGUGCAGCGCUGAAGACUCUCCCCCUGAUCCUCCUCUAUCGUCUCCUCACCAUGUUCUCUUUAACCUGCAGGGAGUUGAAUCCCAUUGGAUCUCGAGCUCUCUCCCACGACAGCAUCUUCAUUCCAGAGGAACCGGUAACUGAGGCCGGUCUGGAUCACAGCAUGUCGCAGGAAAACGUCUCGGAUAAAGUCAGGAAUCUGCAGGUGAGCUUCAAAGCAGUGUGCACUCAUUUUCUGAGCUGUUUUCCUUCAUCAUGCAAGCAAAAUGUUUCUCCUUUUCUGUCCAUCACACAGAGGCAGAUUGCCCAAGGAAUCAAGUUUGGUCAGAGGCCUCCUUCUCUGAGGAAAAGUGAAGGAGAUGAGGGGAGUUCAGAUGAGGAGGAAGUUCCCCGGAGUCCUCUGAGGGUUUUGGCUCAGGUGGAAAAUGAGCCAGAUCAUGCAGAGACAAAGGUAACAGUAAGUCUCUUUAUGGGUUUUAGGAACUUACACUGUCAGUAUACCUGAUGCCUUUUUAGUGAACAGUGAGGAAGCAGUCUGGUCAGAUUUUAUCUGUUUGAACCUUAAAAACUGGUUGUACAAAGAAAAAAGGAUCAGAUUAAAACGGGUGAUCCACUCUUCUUUUUUAUCCUGCUCAAACCUCAGCCUGUGGUAAAACUUUUAAGUAGGACUGAGAUAACUUUGAUAACAAAAUCAGGAUUAUUCUGGUCUCAGCAGAGAACUAGACUCAGACUGGAUUACAUGAGCUACAUGUACGAUCAGAAGACUUUCAAGCAUUUCAAGCAUUGAAGCAUUUUUCCCAAUUUUUUUAAACAAGCCGAUGUUAGGGUUGUAAAAAAGGAUUUUACCCUCUUUAUUUUCUCUCCGAACAGCAUCAGUAUCAAACAGAAAAUACCACAUUUAAAGCACAUCUAGAAAUCUGUCAGUGUGGAUUUAGACACCCCCUGUGGAGGGAUGAAACACUACGAAGCCCCUUUCAUGUCAGUGAUUCUAAAUUGAGUAAUAAGUCCCAAAAUCACUUCACUUCACACCAAAAAUAUUUAAUGUAACACACAAAUAUUUAUUAAAAACAUCAAAAACAUUAAAAAAACCAUCAGUACACAAAAAGCUUACUUAAAAAAAUUAAUGAAGCUCUGAAAAAAUUAGUGUAAGGCAAUAAUAUUUUAACGAAAACCAAAAAUAUUUCAUUCAAUGUAAAAAAUGGUUUAAACAUUUCACAAAGCUCAACAUAUUGCAGACAAUUAGAAAAAUCCUUGCUAAUCUUGAAAUAUUAUUAUUUCGGUCAAAUAUCUCAAAUCUUUUUGCUUUUUAAAUUUUAAUUUCAUUUUCAGGGGCUUUUCCUCUGCAGAGCUCCAGUGGCUCAUUAGCAAUUUGCCUCUGAGUCGUGGGCAGAGACAGCGCUGCUCUGCACACUCCUCUUCACGCUAGCUUGUAGCCUAACAUUGCCGGUGUAGUAGAAGUAGCAGGUAAUGUAGGAGCUAUUCAGCUCUCGGACACUAAUGUCAUUUGGGACAUGAUAAAAGUAAAUAUCAUAAUUAGCUUUCAUACGAGCAUUGCAAUCCGCCAAUGCACACGCUUGUUCUGCAAUUGUCCUCUCUACUCCUCCGAAGGUCUGCAUAGCUCCAGGGGCGGAGCUUGCAGUUGUGACAUAGGAAAUCUCACUGUGUCUGAACCUGCUGUUAGGGUCUGCCAGAGAUUCACAGAGAUUUGACUGCAGAAAUACUCAGAAACACAGUUUCUGAAUGAUUUUUUCCAUAUGGCCUGUAGCAUCAGAAAAAUGCCAUAUGAACAUGUAGACAACAAGAGAGACAUGAUUUUCAUCUGAGUGGGUCUUUGAUGAAAUUAUUUGCAGUUCAUCAAAUGUAAUUGUUUCAUAAAAUAUUUUGUUUUGAUUCUACUAAAAUGUUUCAGCAUUUCUUUAUUGAAAUCAUCAGACAGACACUCAAGCACAGUAAGUUCUCAGAGCUCAAAUUUGUUUCAGUUUUUAAUAAAAACUGUGUAAACGUGUCCAAAACAGGUUCAAGGUGCUCAUCAAGCUGAACCUCACAGCACCCCGGUGAAGUCUCCGAGGUCCAAACGAGUUCUUCCACCGACCGGGACCAUCGAGUCCAUCAACCUGGACGCUGUCCCUCAGUCUUUCCCUUGCUUGGACAACACUGCUGCCAAACACAAACUGUCUGUCAAACCCAAAAACCAGAGGGUUUCCCGCAAACACAGACGCUUCACACAGGUGAGCUAUGGGACAGGUUGAGCUUGAACCUUGUUGAUUAAUUUUGUGACCCAAAAAAGUAGAAACUGAUGGAGUUUUUCACCUCCGCAGGACCUCCAGGAGGUUUCUAUUCCCAGUGUGCUGCAGGAGGAGCUCAAGGCUGCCGGCUCCUCCACAGAGGAGCUGCGCAGAGCUUCUGUCGACUCCCUGGACAGCUUCAAGAAACAGAGACUCCACGAGGAGGAGAGACAGGAGACGAGGAGGAAGCGGGAGCUGGAGGAACAGAGGAUCAAACGUGAAGAAGAGGAAAGGAAGAGGAGGGCGGCAGAGGAGCUGAGGCUGAGGGAGCUGGAGGAGGAGAGGUGUCGUAAACAUCAAGAGGAAGAAGAAAGAAGGCUCAGAGAGGAGGCUGAGAGGAGGAGGAGGGAGGAAGAUGAGAGGAGGCUGCGAGAGGAAGAGGAAAGAAGGAUGAGAGAGGAGCAGGAGCGUAGACAGCAAGAGGAGGAGGAGAGGAGACGACUGGAGGAGCAGAGGAGGAAAGAGGAGGAGGAGAGGAAGAGGAGAGAAGAAGAGGAAGAGGUAAGGAGGCAGCUGGAAAAGAGGAGGAAAAGAGAAGAGGAGGAGGCUGAGAAGCAGAGGCUGCAGGAGAUUGAGGAGAAGAAGAAACAGGAGGCAGAGAAGGAGGAGGAGACGAGGCUGGCGUUAGAGGAGGCUGACAGCUGCUCAGAUCCACAGGAGAGGAAGAGGAGGGCAGAGGAGCUGCGAUGGAGAGAGAUGGAGGAGCGACAGAGGCCUUUCUCUUUCAAAGUUUCUUCUGGAGAGAAGCAGAUUUUGUUCCAGAAGGUGAAUCUGUCGCCUGUAACGCCGGCCUCCAGCCAGCAGGGUGGCGCUGGAGCAGAACAAAGAGAGAGCACCAGAGUCUCCACCUCCUCUGAAGGAGCAGACUCUCCAAACCUGACCACAUCUCCUUAUGUCCCCCACACUGCCAUCCUCGUUACGGGUGCUCAGCUCUGUGGGACGGCGGUCAACUUGGAUCAGAUCAAGGACACGGCCUGCAAGUCUCUGCUGGGUCUGGGAGAGGACAGGAAGGCUCAGGGGACGCCACCAACAAAGACCAAGACCUCGCCAGACCGCAAGUCUGGAAAAACCAAAUCACUCAACGAGUCAUCGAUGCCCAUGGAUCAGUCUGGCGCAGCUGUGCUCGCAGAGUGGGCCAGUAUCCGGUCCAAGAUUUUCAAAGGGGUUGAGGAGGGGAAGUAUGAUGAGUACCCAGAGCCGUGCAAGACCCCGAAUCAGCCCAGUCCAGAAGAACCACCUGCGUUCUCCCACGCCAACCUAAGGAAGACCAUGUCUGCCAGCGCCAAGUUCUCCAUCACACCUGCGAAGAAGAAAUUUGGAGAUUCCAACAGAAACUCUGAGGUGUUCGGGACAGAAGAAGCAGCAGAAGAAGCAGCUCCACCCGAAGCUUCUCCUACUCCUCCAGCCAGCCGACCUCAGAGCAGGACCAGUAAAACUGUCCGCAUCGCAGAGAGAGGCACAGAAGAGUGCAUGUUUGCCAAAGACCUCCCGUCCUUCCUGGUUCCUAAUCCAGGAUCUAGACCUGAGGGGUUAGAUCUGAAGAGCAGAGCUAAGAGUGAGACAGAAGCAUAUGAGGGCAGGAUGGAGGGAGAGGAUGGAGGUCAGGAUGGCGAGGACAAGCCCUCUCCGUUUGGCAUCAAACUGCGAAGGACAAACUACUCACUGCGCUUCCACAGCGAGCAGUCCUCUGAGAAACGAAAGAAACGGUACAGCGCAGGGGACAGCUUUGACGGUGUCCCUUCACCUCUCACCCCCAUGGAGCCGGACUCUGAUGCCUCUCCUGUCUUUUCUGACAAAUCAAGUCCCGCCUCGCCUCAGAAAGACAGUGCGGCUGGCAGAUAUUCCUCACCUGCAAUUCUUCGAGGUAAACCGAGCAAGCCCACCAGCCCCACAGCACAAAGCGACGCUGAGAAAAUGAUUUCCAGACCUCCGAUCUACCGCAGACCAACCACGUCACCCAAACCAGUCCCCACACCUCCCCAGUCGCCACUACCAAAAGCCUCCCCUGGGCCUCCCAGUGAUGUUCUUAACCAGAGGACGGGGGCUGCAGAGUCAUCCAGUCAGGAGCAGACGAGGAGCGAGGAAGUGUCAGCGAUGGCUCAUCCACACCUGAGCAGUCCCGUCCAAGGAGAGGAGGAGCCGAAGGAGAGGAGAUCCUUCUUCCCCUCUAUCAACAUCCCCUGGAGAGAGAAGACCGACAGGAAGACAGAGCUCAUCAGGAGAGGUCAGCCCCAUUGUCAUUAGUUGCAUGUGUCUGCAGUAGGGUGAUGAUACGUCUUCUUUUACCUGGACAUGUCAUCUUUUUUGGGGGGCUGUCCGGUCUUGUCUUGCAUGGAAGUUUUGAGUUUUUGUUGUGUGGACUUACCGAGUUAGAAGUGCGUAAAAAACACUCGACCCGACCCGAAAAACUCAAAAUUUCCUACGUGCAACUCUGUGACUCUUCCCCCGCAUAGUCGUGCCCUCUUUUUAUAUAUGUUCAUGGUAGUCUGCAGACUCAGGGGCUACACUCAUCUAGAGUCAAACAUAACUGUUCUGAGUGUCUUAACGUCACCCUCGGUCAGCUAGAGGUGAGCACAGUCCAUCAAAAAUGUAACUCCAUUCACCAAAACAUUGACUUAGGUAGUGAUUAAUUAGCUAAUUCUUUUUAAAUUAACUGCAGUGAACUUCAACAUUAAAGCCUAGUGAAUGUUUGACUGUCUGCUCCCUACUCUACCAAGGCUAAUGUGUGAGUUACUCUGUGGCAACUUGAGGUCUGCUAUCUGGUGCUCCAGUGAUGGCCCAGAACCUUCUUUGUACAGCACCCUGUUGUGUAGCUGUACAAAUUGUCUCCUCAAGCACAGCAGGUGUAUCACAAUUCUACAAAAGAGGAUUAGGGCCACAUAAAAUAAUAAUUACAGGAGGGAGAUUUUUUAAUUUCCAUUUUGAGAUUAAAGUCAAAAUUUCAAGAUUAGAGUCUAAAUUCUAAAAUGUUGAAAUUUCGACUUUGUUUGUAUUGACUUUAAUCUCAAAAUUUCGACUUUAAUCUCAAAAUUUUGUUUUUUUAAUCUUGAAAUUUUGACAUUAUUAAUGACAUUUCAUAAUCUUGAAAUUUUGACUAUAAUCUCGAAAUUUCAAUUUUCAAUCUAAAAAGUUUUCGACUUUAUUGACAUAAUUUCAUUUGUUUUUUCUCAAAUUUUUGACUUUAAUGUUGAAAUGUCAACUUUAAUCUCCUUCCUGUAAUUAUUAUUUUUCCUCAUGUGGCCAUAAUCCUCUUUCAUACAAUUCAGCCAGGGUAAACAUGAACUUAACAGUUUCUCUAACCUUAAACGGUAGUCACAAAAACAAUAUAGGCUCAAAUGAGUCCAAAGUGGGAUCCAGUUAGGUCAACAAACAGAGGUGAGGACUGGCUCUCUACACCCCCUGUGCAUGUAGAUUUUUUUCUAUAAAUUUUUUCAGGCUGCAUGUUUGCACUAAUCUUGUUUCUCAGGUAUGGAGCAAACAAAAUAAAGGCUUCUGAACACCAUUCUUAAAAAGCUGACAUUCAUGUGAUGUGUCCCUCUGCAGAGAAACCAUCCCUGCAGAGCAGACACUCCCUGGACAGUGCGAGGGUCCAGGAGAAGGAAGCAGGGCCUUUGUGGAUCACACUGGCUCUGCAGAAACAGAAAGGUUUCAGGGAGCAGCAGCAGAGCCGGGAGGAGCGCCGCAGCCAAAGAGAGGUCAAGCUAGCAGAGAAACAGGCUCGGGACAGAGACAACGUACGUGCCCUAGAUUCUGUUUCUACACACUUUCAUUCACAAAAGCUCCUGGGUUGUCCUCCUCUGAUUCCCCUCAUUUCCUCUGCAGGUCACUCUGGUGAGCCCCACAGAGAGUCGAGGUAGCGGCAGCAUCAGCCCUUCCUCCAAACCUCAGACACCAGAGGAGCCUAAGAGACCUGACAGCCUGCUGGGACGAUUCGAACGCCGAGAACAGCUGAAGAAAGCGAACACGUUACCGAGCUCUGUCACCGGUAAAAGCCUGCAUGCUGAGGAUUAUUAUCUAAAAAUAAACACAAGAGAUUGUCUCCAUUUAUUUAUGAAGCUCAAGUGCCACAAGGACUCUGAAAAAAAAUGUCAAAGUAAGUUUAGGACUGAACAGAUGAAUUAUUCUCAGGUGUGUGACUAUUGGCCUUGGUGUUUGUGGAUAAGGUAAAGAGAGGCAUCAUUUUAUCAAAUUGAUCACCUAUGGCUCACUGAAAUGUCUGCGGAUGACACUAAGCUACUUGAUCUGCAGCAUAGCUUGUGGGGCACUGCAAUCCUUGGCGCUUGUUUCAUGUAUUAAACAAUGUUGUCUUUGCCCAAGUUUAGAAGAUGCAAUAGCUGUGCAGUCUUAAAGUGACUCAGGCCCCAGUCAUUUGAUGAAUUUUAACAUCCACGGGCCUUGCUCACUCACACUUUGUCAUGGAGUGAGUCCUGCUAGAUGUUGCUCAAAAAUACUGAAAGAAAUUCUGUAGGUGAGGUGGAGUGGAUGGGUACAGCAACAAGCUUUGGAAUUGACUCCCUUCACUUCUACAGAAAGAGGAACUUUAUAUGACCAUGUUUGUGUCGCAGAAAGAAUGAGUUGCUUACAUAGAUAACCAAGAAGCUGUAAAAUCACUCCAUGGCGUGACAAUCUGUCUUGUAUGUGAUGGGAUGAGAUACUCUGUCUCUGAGGAUAGAGUCUUAUGGGCAAUAGUCACUGCACGCUCAAAAUAUCUAUAGAAAAAUAAGAGGUGCACGGCCACAAAAGACGUAUAAAAAGGAAGAAAAAUUAGGACAAUGCCUUUUGUCCUUCUCAAUAGUGCAUAAGUAACAUACAGCUACAUGCAAAUUAAUUGAACACAUGAUUAUGCAGCACACAAGACAGUGACCAAGAUAAAAAUGCCAGAAUAUUAACAAGUUAGAGAAGUAUGAGCAACAUAAAACCUUAAAUCAGCGUAAAAGACUAUGAUGAAAUUAGAAAUAAAAGCAAAGAAAGCAAAGAGACUCAGACUGUUUCAAUAUAAAGAAGGUUGGCUGGUUAUUUAUAUAAAAGAGGGUUUGAGUUUGGAAGGAAAGACAUCUUAAAUCUGUUUCUCUUCAGUUCAAGUCUGAUAACUGACCCUGAACAAAUGGAUUAGAGGGAUAACUGUCCCUUUUUCAAGAUGAUUUUCAUGGUUGUUCUUAGCAAACUAUUUAUUUCAGCUCAACAUUCUGAGUACCUUAUUGCCCUGCCAUGCCAUACCUGAUGAUACUUUCCAGAGCUACACUGCCAAAUGUAAGCAUAAUAUUUGUUCAGACAUCCAGACAAGCAGACCCUCCUCAGAGAAAUGCGGAAGUCUGCAUGAAGUAGUCUGUCAACGGCUUGGGAUAUCUCUUUUGUCUAAUUCUUGCCUUUUUUGUUUGUUCGUUGUUUCAGUGGAGAUUGCGGACUCUACACCAUCGCCCCCUGCGGUCAAAGAGGUGUCAAAGCGCUUCCCGUCCACCGACUCCCCCCAGGUGUCCACUGAGCCUGCCUGGCUGGCCCUCGCCAAGCGGAAGGCCAAAGCAUGGAGCGACUGUCCUCAGAUCAUCAAAUAA